AUGCGUGUCUUCACCCUCGCCCUUGUGGCUUCGUCCGCUCUCCUGCCACGCCCCGACGGCGUCUCGGAGGCUGCGGAUCCUGCGCCGAUGGAACACCAAGACCCUGCUGUCGCUGUCUUGGCCGCCGGUGGCGAGAACUCCCCUCCUAGCAGGGUCUUAAGGUCUCAAGGAACGAUGGCGACGGAGAACUCGGAAUCGAUUGAAUCGAGACCAUUCUCUCCCGCGGAAUGGAUUUCCGAACUUGAGGAGAAAUUUGAGAAAGCUUUCAAAGCGCUGCAAGAGCACCAGCCACCCAAGCGAAUGCACGAAGUGUUGGAGAUUCCCGACGUGGAAACGGUUGCCUAUAGAUUCGGCGACGACGCCAUUCGAAAAGCACUUCGGAAUGAGGACGACACUCAGAGGGCACUAUUGCUUUACGAACUGCGGAGCAGCUAUAAUGAGUUUCACAAAUCAGCUGGGAAAACGCUCUUAAAACUGCUGAUGAACCUUUGGAUCGCAGACGGUAAAACUCCGCUCGAUGUGAUGAAGCUACUCGGUCUGCAUUUGCUGUCUGAUUUGAGUUCGUUCACUAGUCAACAUAAGCAUGCCGUCGGCGUACUAUGGGAAUUUUGUGAGGCAUCGGCCAAAGAUCCGAAGCGAGGCGAGGCUGUUUACCGCGACACCGUCGAAACAGGUUACGGUGGUCGUGAAGGAUUCGACCGUGCCGCCAUGUCAACAGGCAAGCCGCAGGCUUUCUAUCGACUUUUCCAUUUGAACUAG